AUGCAAGACAUAACAGGCGUAAAACAACCAUUUGGCGGUAAAAUAAUGGUUUUGGGAGUUGAUUUGAGACAGGUCCUGCCGGUUUUCAAAAAAGGAACCCGCGCACAGAUUGUAGACUCGAGCCUACGGAUGUCGCCUUUGUGGAUUGUUAUCAAAAAGAUGCGUCUAACUGUAAAUAUGAGAGCACGGACUGAUCUAUGGUUUUCAGAUUUUCUUUUAAGAGUCGGUGACGGGGAAGAAGAAGUGAUUGAUGGAAGCUUUAUUCGCAUACCUGAUGAUAUGACCAUCCCGUACAAUAAUGGAGCUAAAUCAAAAGAGGAUUUAAUUAGUGCCAUAUUCCCUUCUAUGGAUGUCGAUGGAAAUUCUCCGGGGUACAUAAUUUCCAGGGCCAUACUGUCAACUAAAAAUGAUAAUGUCGAUGAGAUAAAUGAUAAGUUAAUUGGUGUAUUCUGCGGGGAGGAGCAAAUCUAUUAUAGCUUUGAUGAGGCAGAAGAUGAUGUUAACAAGUAUUAUCCGAUUGAAUUCUUAAACUCGCUUAAUGUUAGUGGUUUGCCCCCUCAUUGCCUACUGCUGAAAGUUGGAUGCCUGAUCAUACUAUUACGUAAUAUCGAUCCAUGGAACGGGCUGUGUAACGGCACAAGGUUGAUAUGCAAAGGUUUUCAACGAAAUGUCAUCGAUGCCGAGAUAGCGGCUGGUCAGCAUGCCGGGAAAAGAGUUUUUUUACCAAGAAUUCCUCUGUGUCCAUCUGAAAAUGAUAUGUACCCCUUCAAGUUGAAGAGAAAGCAAUUUCCAGUCUAUCUUAGCUUUGUAAUGACAAUAAACAAGGCGCAGGGCCAGACCAUUCCAAACGUCGGGGUAUACCUACCGGAACCCGUGUUCUCGCAUGGACAACUAUAUGUGGCACUAUCUAGGGGGACAUCACGUGAAAAUGUGAAGGUGUUGGUUAGGCCUACCCAAGAUUUCUCUCGAUCUGGAGUAUACACGGCAAAUGUGGUGUAUAGGGAAGUUUUACAAGAUGCAUAG